AUGGGGGAGAGCCACCAGCACCACAACCAUCAGCACCACGGCCACCAGCUCCUGCACAGCCCCCGGCCGCCGGCGCAGUCCCGGCUGGGUGGGAUGAAGGGGCCCGGCGAGAUCGUGGAGGUGCAGGGAGGACACAUUGUGCGGUCCACGGGAAGGAAGGAUCGGCACAGCAAGGUCUUCACGGCCAAGGGCCCGAGGGACCGCCGGGUUCGCCUCUCCGCUCACACUGCCAUCCAGUUCUACGACGUCCAGGACCGCCUCGGCUACGAUCGACCCAGCAAGGCCGUCGACUGGCUCAUCAAGAACGCCAAGGCCGCCAUUGACGAGCUUGCGGAGCUCCCCGCUUGGCAUCCCGCCGGGGCCGCGUCCUCCAACCCACGGCCGCCGACCGAACUGGGCCCGAUGGAGGAGGAGACCACCGACGCUGUCGGGGAGUCCAGCAAGAGGCCGUCGCAGACAUCGGAACCUCUGGGGUCCUCCCCAUUUGGGUUCACUUCCGGCAGCAUUCUCCCCCCUUCUCUGGACUCGGACGCCAUCGCGGAUACCAUCAAGUCCUUCUUCCCCAUUUCCGCCGCCACCGGCGGUUCUUCGAGCCCCCCAAUUGGCUUCCAGAGCUAUCCAGUGGACUUCAUGUCGCGCACCAGCAGCCAGGGGCAAGAUCUCCGCCUCUCCCUUCACUCGUUUCAGGAACCGAUUCUCCUGCACGGGCAUCCGCCGCCCGCCACACAGCACCGCCAAGCCGGCUCGGCCGCCGAGCAAGUUCUUUUCUCCAACUACGACGCUGGCUCGGGGAGCUGGUCCGAGCAGAACCUACGGAUGUUCCCAUGGAAUGGCGCUCCAGAGGGCGGCAUUGGCGGCGCCACCGGCGGCGGAAACAAUGGCGGGUACAUCUUCACGAUGCCACCGCCGCACGCAACGCCGCUGCAUCCGCUGCUCGGCCAGAGCUCGUAUUUUUCACAGAGGGGUCCCCUUCAGUCCAGUAGCCCGUCACAUGUUCGCGCUUGGACGGACACAUUCGCCGCCGCUGAGCACCAGUCAUAUGCCGCGGCGAUGCAUCUGCCGGGGUCGUCUGCAGGCUUCGCGGCCGGCGGCUUUUCAGGGUUCCGCGUCCCUGCGCGGAUUCAGGGUGAAGAUGAGCACGACGGCAUCCCCAGUAAGCCGUCCUCUGCGUCCUCUGCUUCUCGCCAGUGA